AUGCAGCAUCAACUCGUUCUGCUCGUGCUCGCCGCGUCCCUCCAGGCGGCGUCGGCCCAGCUCUUGGGCAAUGGCGACAGCGGCAAGUUUCUCUACAUUGGCCUCCUCAUCUGCGUCCCCAUUGCACUCGGCACCAUCUUCUUCUUGGUCUGCGGCCGCCUCUGCCGCACCGAGCAAGAAAAGCUCGAAGCCAACAUCAUCAUGGGCGUCCCCGUCAUCGUCUUUAUCGAAGAGGGCCGCGACACAAUCUCGUCGACGGACGAAGUCGGCGUCUACAUGACGGGCACGACGCCGAUCGCGCAACCUGUCUACGAUUUUGAGGUUGAGCCGUCCGUGGCCCCUGUCACUGUGUCAUCUGCAUCGUCGUCUUCAUCGUCAUCGUCGUCGUCGGGGCCGUCGUCGUGCAGUGCGGCCUAG